AUGCUGGAAUUCACUGAUUGCCACCCUAUUGCCACCAAAUCUCGAUGGUACAGCCAAGAAGAUUUGUUGUUCAUCGACGGUGAAGUGGAAAGGCUUCUCAAGGAAGGCAUCAUCGAGCCAAGUAAGUCCCCUUGGCGAGCACAGGUGGUGGUUACGAAAGACGAGAACCACAAAAAGAGAAUGGCUAUAGACUAUUCACAAACAAUAAACAAAUUUACACUCCUGGACGCUUUUCCAUUACCACGAAUUGAUGAGUUAGUCAAUCAAAUUGCCCAGUAUAGAGUCUUCAGUACAGUUGAUCUAUGCAGUGCAUACCAUCCAGUUCCCCUCAAAAAGGAUGACAAACCUUACACAGAAUUUGAAGCUCGGGGUUGUCUUUAUCAGUUUACACGUCUUCCUUUUGGAGUCACAAAUGGUGUUGCCUGUUUUCAACGAGAAAUGGUAAGAUUCGUACAGGAAGAGGAUCUUAAGGCAACAUUCCCAUAUCUUGAUAAUAUCACGAUCUGUGGUAAAGAUCAACAGGAUCAUGAUGUGAACUUGAAAUGUUUCCUGGACGCCGCAGAGCACAAGAACAUUACCUACAACGAUGACAAAAGUGUGUUCUCGACCAAACGCCUCCCUAUUUUCGGGUAUGAAGUAGAAGAAGGGGAAAUUCGUCCCGAUCCAGAGCGUCUUCGACCUCUACGAGAACUUCCUAUCCCACAUGACUCAAAAUCCAUGAGCAGGUGCUUGGGAUUAUUUUCAUAUUAUGCGAGAUGGAUCCCAGCGUUUUCAGAUAAAGUAAAGCCUCUUUCCAGCUGCAAGACCUUCCCGCUAUCCCAGCAAGCUGUUGAUGCGUUCGAAAGCCUGAAGAAAUCAAUAGAGAAAGCUGUUGACGAAAGUAUUCCGUUUGAUGUUGAGACAGACGCCUCGGAUGUGGCUUUAGCAGCCACACUCAACCAAAAUGGUAGACCUGUGGCCUUCUCACGAAACUCCAAGGAAGCGAGUUGA